AUGGCUUCGCGCCAGACUAGACAACCCAAAAAUCAUCAAGUCAAGCGGCCCACCAUCAAGAUCUACCUUAAACGAAACGAGGAUGGCAAAUGGAAGUUCGUGAAGCCGCCACCAGGCGCUCGAGCCCAGACUCAAGCUCUGGCUCACCGAGUACCUAAAGCCACUCAAAAUGACAUCGUCAAAUCGAUCCCCAGCAAGAGUGAUGGCACGACGACGACCUCUGAAAAGGCCUGA